AAGCCUUUGCAACACUUUCGCACACAUUCCGCCAGAGCAAAAAUCUAAAAAAAUCGCCCUUUUCAUCAAAACGUUUAAUUUAUUUCUCUACCCUCAACUACAGCUGACAUUGCGGAGUACGUCAAGCCGCUGAUAAUUUGUUUACCUUCGUCGCUGCCAGAAGAAUUAUUACACAACCCACAAAGGGCCCGUGUUUUUCGUCGGUGUGCAUCGUCGCUGCAGUUUAAAGGCCGCACGGUAUUUCACUUGCAUCGCAUCUCCCCGCCCGCAAAGCGCACCUACCAGGAUGCCGGAAGCCAACCUGCCGAUCGUGAACACGCUGCGCCUGCGGCCACUGACGAAGGAAAACAUCCUCUACUACUACUUUCCGCUGAAGGGCAUGCUCAGCUAUGCGGCACUGUCCGUCAACGUAAUGAACCCUUCGAUUGCGAUCAAACUGCUACCAAAGCGUGACGUGACCAACUUCCUGUUGCUCCACACCGUCCUCGGCACGACGCUGUUCAUGUACAGCCGGCCGCACCUGAAGGCGGUGCCAUCGAACAAACGGGUGGCGUACAGCAUUUGCGGCUCGGUGCUGUUCAGCUUCGGCUCGGUGCUGGUGUGGGCCGUCAUCCGGUCGGCCGUGCCGCGCAACCAGGGUCUUGCCACCGUGCUCGGCCUGUCGUCCGGUCUGUUGAUGGCCAAGCUGGGCUACGACUACAUGGACAACAACGACAGUCUAGCGGUAGCGAAGAAGAACUAAGCUACGUGAAGGGUUUCGUUUAAUUUCACCCCGCCCCCCAACAACUAUUGAGUCAUUUACAUCGCAGACCCUUUGCCAUUGCCGGGCAGGAGAAGGAAGACUGCAAUCGGAGCAAUCGAAAAAUGUGGCAGAAAUUGUGCGCUGCAGUUUGAUUUAGUUGAAACAUUCGGCAAAAUACACCAAGAUUGUUGCUAUUUCUAUUACCUUA